AUGGCGGGCCCUUCCCCUGACAUGACAUCCUACCCCUUGCCUGCAUCGGGUCAUGGCGUCGUACCCCCCGAAUCCUCGGUCAUGAAAUUGACCAGAGGCCACUCAUGCGUUCUCUGUCAACAACGUAAAGUCCGCUGCGAUAAGAACAAGCCUUGCGCCAACUGUGUCAAGGCUGGCGUCGAUUGCAAAGUCGUCCCUCCUCAGCCUCCUCGUCGGCGCAAGAAGAAGCCACAGGAGAGAGAGCUCGUCGACCGCCUCAAGAAGUACGAGGCCCUGCUAUCUCAACAUGGCGUCGACUUCGAGCCCAUUGGUCAGCAUCUCAAGUCCUCCGACCUAGCCGUUGAUGAGGUCGACGAGAUAGAGCAUGGAAUCGAGGGCUUGAAGACGUCUCCUUCUUCAACAGGGCAAGAUGGCGUCUCUAGCGACAAGCCACCCUUCAAGUGGUUCCCAUAUUACAAAGAUUUCCGGACACAGGAUGCUCAGUUCAGGGAUUCUUCAGACGAUGGCUCUGAUGGUCCGAUGAUUCAUCAUGCUUUCGACAAGAUGUUUGACGGCCAAGAUGGUUUCCCUUUUGUGAUUGGCGGUUCAACAUCAUCUGUUACCAACCUGCACCCUUCAGGCGUGCAAAUAUUCCAGCUCUGGCAGAUCUACCUGGAGAACGUCAACCCAUUACUGAAAGUGACACAUACGCCAACGAUACAAGGCUCGUUGAUCGAGGCCGCUGCAAAUCCGUCCAAGAUUGCGAAGCCACUCGAGGCCCUGAUGUUCAGCAUAUAUUUCAUCGCCGUCGUAUCCAUGACCGACGAUGAACAAGCCCUCAUCAAUGCCGGGUUCAUGAGGAGCCCGGACCUUGUCGUACUUCAAGCCUACGUGAUGUAUUUGCUUUGCAUCCGUCAAUACACCGACCCACGCUCUUUGUUUUGUUUGAUAGGGAUUGCUGUUCGCAUUGCACAACGACUGGGGCUGCACCGAGAUGCUGAGCAGUUCCAUUUGGCUCCAUUCGAAGUCGAGCUGAGGCGUCGGCUUUGGUGGCAGCUGGUGAUUUUCGACAAACGGAUCGCCGAGAUUACUGGCUCGACAAUCACAGCCUUGUCAGCCAGCAAAGGGGACUGCAAAUGGCCCCUGAACAUAAAUGAUACCGACCUGCACGUUCAUGCCAAGGAUCGAAUUGCACCAUACCUUGGGCCAACGGAGAUGUUGUUUUGUCUUACACGGUUCGAAUUAACAGCUGCCGCAGACGUCGAUGGCGUCCGACCUGUACCAAACCUAGGGGCGACCGGUGCCAAACCGAAGUUUCAAUACAGUCCGUCGCCAAAUUCCUCCGACGUAGUCACGAACGCGGCCAAUCACAACCUUCCUAUGGCGGAUUUGGACAGCUACAUGACCUACAUCGAAGACAGAUACCUGAAACAUUGUGAUCCGAAGGUCCCUUUACAUCUCUUCACCCUAUUGAUGACCCGGCAAUCUCUUUCCAAGCUCCGCAUCAUUGACUACCUGUGUCGUGGGCACAUCCAACAACACCCAGACCCCAAAACCGUACCGGCAGGCCCCGAGCGCACACUGCGCGAGUCAAUAUUCGAGGAAGGAGUACGUGUACUCGAGUACGAUAUCAUGAUACAGGGGCAUGAAUCGCUACAGGGCUUCAGGUGGUAUACCUUUAUGCACUUUCCCCUACCAGUGUAUAUGUAUCUGGUCGGCGAGUUAAGGUACAUAACUAGUGGGGAUAUGUGCGAGCGAGCAUGGACGGCCAUACUCGAGGACUACGAGAAGAGAGGAAUGGCUAAUAAUCUGAGGAGCCCAAUACACACAGCCCUGGGUGGCGCAUUGCUCAAGGCGUGGGAUGCACACGAGGGAGUCAUAGCGCAGAUGGGAAAGCCCCCGCCACAGCAACCGAGACUGAUUGGGAUUCUCAGAGACCGGGCCAAAUCAACGAAUACGAGCAGCAAAGACAACUCGGCGUUGUCACAGAGCUCAGGACCAGAGACAGGUAGCAGAGUCAGCAUAUCAAGUGGCCCGAGUAAUUACGUUGCCCACCAGCAGCAACAGCAUCCGCAGCAACAGCACCAAUCCGAAAUGGACAUGCGAAGCGCAGGGAGCUCGCCGCCGAUUGUGUCUGCACCUGGCACCGGCGGGAUGGAGCCGAUGGGUGGUGGGAUGUUUCCGGCCGGCGGCUUUGAGGGGAUCAACCCGCAUAUGUUCAGCUCGGCGGUCAUGCCUAGCGACAUGGAUUUUGGCGCCAUGGAUUGGAGCUCCGUGUCUGGAUGGGGAGGAGCCUUCCCUACAUAUGACCCAUUCUCACAGCCUGGGAUGUCUGCACCAUAG